AUGGCGGAGCCGUUCGGCAUUGUCUCCGGUGCCAUUAGAAUUGCAUCUGCCUUUACUGCUUGUGUUGACUGCUUCGAGUACGUCCAGUUUGGCCGUCACUUCGGUCGGGAUUUCCAGACCAGCCAGCUUACUCUCAACUGCCUGAGACUCCGUCUUACACAAUGGGGCGAGUCUGUCAAUAUCUACGACGAUCCUAAACUAGGCAGGCAGGAUGCUGCUGCGACCGACUUUGAACUUGCAAAGGAUGCGCUGUCGACUGCGAAGGCUGGCGAGGAUCUCUUAGCGUAUUCAAUAGGCGAUAUGGAUCCGAAGAUGGUCGUGCUGGAUACUAAGAUGAAAGGCUUGGCUACACAGCGUCAAAAGAAGGGUCGAUUUUUGAAGCUUACUAGCUAG